AUGGUGUUUCAUCAACCCACUGCGGUCGAUCAAUACAAAAUGGGAUGGCUAGAAUAUCUAUUUGUCUUGGUUUUCGUGCAUUUCACUUCCGCAGCAAUUCGUAUGAGUCAACCAAAGAUCUUAUUACCAUAUCAUCCACGUAUUGAAACAAAUUUCACAUUGGAAGCAACUGAUGGUUGCUUUCUCUGGUCGUCAUCACGUCCCGAUCUUGUUCGCAUCGAACCGGUCGAACCCUUUGCAAUCAAAAACGGUGAAAAGUGUUCUUUGCACGCGAACAUUAUCGCGCAUACAAAACAAUCGUUACGUUCCAGUGCAACGGUCUAUGCACGCGAUGUUCUAACUGGUCAAUCAGUCCGGUGCGAUGUUAUUAUUGAUAAAAUUCAAACCAUUGAGAUUGUUUAUACAACUACACGACUAUAUCUAGAAGAUGCACCGGAGUUAUUCAAACUUCGUGCACACGAUCAACAUGGCUCAACAUUUUCGUCAAUCGAACACUUCCCGUAUGAAUGGCGUCUUCUAAAUGCUGCGAUCGUCGAUGAUCGAAGCGUGAAGAAAUCGACAAGUGGAGCACUUGAUGCCACCAAAGUUAUUCGAAUUCUUCGUUUAACGGAUUCAUCAUAUGAAAUGAGUGAAACAGUUCGAAAUCUCGAGUCUCAUGGUUCAUUAUCAUACGAAAUCCUUCUCGAAGGCCUUCGUACCGGUUCAGCUUUUGUUCAAGCGGAAAUCAUCGACAGCGAUCUCUACCAUGGCAUUCGAACAAAGCCUGUUCGAUUAUCCGUUUCCGCAAAUGUUCAAUUCCAUCCAUCCACCGACGUUUAUCUCCUACCCUACUCACGUUUACCAUUUCGACUUUAUCAAAUCAAACGGCACGAGUCUACGGAUAUCACCGAUUUACCAUCCACACGAAUCCUCUACGAAGUAAAAUUACUCAACAACGACGCUGGUACAUUAGAUGAUCGCACAUUAGUUUUCACAGCGACAGAUCAUGCAGAUGAGCAAUCACGUGUCGAAUUAAUUGAUCGAAAUAUGAAAGCGAUCGAUAACGAUACGUAUGAGCCGACAUCGUUGAUGAUACGUAUUGUGAAUAUUGGUUAUUUGUCGGCUAUUACGAACUCCACACGUCCAUGGAUAUUCCAAGUUGGUACAAAUUAUUUGGUCACAGUUGAGAUAUUCGAUGUCAAUGGGCGAAAAAUUUAUCCAACUGAUAACUUAGAUUUAUCAGCAUCGAUUCCCAAUGAACUACAUAAAACUUGUUUACAAUUGAAAUCUUUGUAUCAAAAUGGUACACAAUAUGUUCUCCGGCCUAAUUGUCAAGGGAGGUUUGAAUUAGAAUUCCGAUUGAAUGGAGUGAAAAAUAAUGAUAUCAUCGAAAUGCCAAUAACAGCUUCAAGCAAGCAAUGGUUCGAAGUUUACCUUCCUUUAUCCGCUCGACCUAAACGAGUACUUCUACCGGAGAAAACGACAACAAAAGAAAUGAAGACACCGUCUUGUCCAAUAAAAGUCUUAGGUGGCAGUGGUGAUUACACAUUCACGUCAAGAGAUACAAAUGUUGUGACCGUUUCGCCGACUGGUGAUCUAAUGGAACAGACAUCGUUGAAUACCACAACUGUCGAUAUAUUCGAUCAAAAAUCUCCGGAAUUGAAUGCUACAGUUUCUGUACAAGUGGUCCAACCUGAUGAAUUUCAUUUGUUUCCGUGUCCAGUAGAAACAGAUUUAAAUUCUAUACUCUAUCUACCUAUCCAACUAUUCUACAAAAAACAAACCUUGACUUGCUGUUCACAUCUUGAUUUCGAUGUUUUCAUCGACAAUAACAUCUUCCAGUAUCAAGGAAUUAUCCCAUCUGAUGAACACACGAAUCAAUCAUGUGCAUUACUUGUUUUCAAACCGUUAAAAAUUGGAGUGACAAAUAUUCGUGUUAACCUAAAGAAAUUCAAUCUUCAACAGUCGAUUCACUUAACAUCGUAUGAACAUUUACAAAUCAAUCGCCAGCGGUUACUUUUAACUACCAAAUCGCAAUACACACUUCAAUUAUCUCAAGGUCCAAUUCAUUCUCACGAUCAAGAAUCCAUUAAAUACGAAAUCUCGCCAUCCGAUAGCCACGUGCAAUUCACACAAGAUUCAUCAAAUCCCAAUCUUCUACAUAUCACUUGUCUGAAAUCGAUUCAGAAUGGACACUUCGAAAUAUCCAAACAGAAUUCCAUCACAAAACAAAAUCUCUGUCCAAUCAAAUCAACUGUUGCAAUCGAUAUCACCUGCCAAUCGAAUAUACAUUCACUUGCACUCGAACCUGUCCUCGACUCUCAAUGUCCAUUGACGACUCGUGAUUAUGUCGUUACUUACUUCGACGAAGUCUUACCGGUUAAAGUUCUUGCCUAUGAUGAAAAUCAAAUUCCAUUCGAUAACUUUACUUCAUUAAAACUCGAUUGUUCAAUCAAAUCGCAUAAAAACUUAGCUGACCUUCAUGUUCAAAAUCCAUUAGAAAUCAUUCCGAAACAUAAAUCCGGAAAGAUCUUACUCAAGUGUUCCGUGGAUAAAAUUGAACAACAACUUGAAAUCGAAUUCAUCUCCGAUAUACAAUUACCAAAUCCGAUCAAGUUAAUCUACAUCAAUGAGUCUUUGUCACCAUUAGAAAUAUCCAGUGGAUCAGGGUACUUUAAAUUCCAAACCAACGAAUUAACCACGAACCCUCUGAUACAUUUGCUUAUGUCCGAAGAUAGCUCACGAUUGGUUUACAUCAAGCCUUUGAAUUAUGGACGAACGACAUUGAUGAUUAUUGAUCAAUGUUUACCAUCGUCACGUAAACAACUCGAUGUAAUCGUUGCCGAUCUUGGCCACUUGAAAAUCUCCGGUCGAAGUCGAUUGGAAUUGAAUACAACCACAUUGAUCUAUAUUCAAGCAAUGGAUAUCGAUGGAAAUUUAUUCAAUCUAACAAAUAUCUAUGAUAUGAUUAAUAUUCAACUUGAACAGAGCCAAAAGCCUGAGAUUUUGUUUAUUGAAUAUGAACCGAAGUCUAAUCGAGAUCAUUAUACUUUAGCGUACCGGAUACAUACGUUAGAUAUUGGACGAACGAAUGUAAAAUUUUCAGCACUGAAUGUUAAAAGUACGUCGAUUGAAUUUGAAGUUUAUCCAAAACUUCGUAUUGAACCAAGAGAAUUAAAUGUUCUACCGUUGUCAACCAUUCAAUUUCGAAUUAUUGGUGGUUCGCAAUUACCCGGUACAACGAUCGAAUGGUCGACGAAUGAUACGAAAAUCGUCGACUUAGAAUCAAGUAAUAUUUUCAAAACCAAACAAAUUGGCCAUGCGGUUGUUCAAGCGAAGUCCGUCGGCAUUGAUCCACUUUUAGGACAGUCGGUGGUCUAUGGUGAAGAUUCCUGUUCGGUUUAUGUUGUUCAAAUUCAUUCGAUCCGUCUCCAUACGCCAACAGUUGAAGUUCUACCAAACAAAUACGUUCCAUUAACAGUCUUUUCGUACGAUGAUCGAAAGCAGCCAAUCGUUGUCACAGAUGUCUUUCUUCAUUCGUUAAUAUUUACAUGGUCUUUGUCCAAUACUCAUCUUGCACAGAUUCGUCCAAUUAUUGGUAAUAUAUCUUCAUAUACGCGAGCAUUUGUAACAAAUAUGGAAACAUUACGAACCGGUCAUGUUAAUAUUGACGUCCGUUUAACAACAAAUUCAAAAUCGUUAACAAAAUUAUUAUUUAAAAGUUCGCAUGAAUUGUCCAGCUCAGCAGCAUUAACUGUUCUAGAGUCAUUCUAUGUCAAUCAUUUCGACGAAACACGUACUAUUUUAUUAGGACCUAAUUCUCGUUUGAAUCUAUAUCAUAUUCCCAAUGAUGUCACAUUGGAACUUUCUUCCACAUCGAAACAUAUUCAAUAUGAAUCCGAUACGAAAACAUUGAUCUCAGAUCAAACUUCGUACGACGAAGCAGUUCUAUACAUGAAAUAUCGAGGAACAAAACGAGAUAAAAAGAGUGUCAGCUCCUCGAUUGUUGGUGCUUAUUUAGUGCAAGUUAAACCAAUACAUUAUUUGCUUCUACAGAGUUAUUUACCACAAGAAACAUCAGCUUUGUUUUCGUCAAUACCGGUGGAUUAUAAACUUCCAUUAACUGUUACCUAUCAUGAUGAGUUAGGAAGAAGAUUCGAUGCAACAUCGGUUCUUCUUCAAACAUUUUCAUAUCGUAGCGAUAUGAUAUCAUCGAAUUCGAAUAACACACAGAACUAUGAAAUCAUCUCAUUGAAAAAUGGUUCGAAUGUCCUCGUUUUCGAUGGAGGCUUGGAACACUUGCGCGCUUAUUUACCUGUACAAUCAAAUAGUGGUUUUCUCUUACCGAAAACAUCUGUUUCGCCUUUGAAACAAACUUAUUAUAUAAAUGAUAUCGUUUGCUUCGAGUCUAAUUUAUAUAACGAUGAGAGCGGUCGUGACCGCUGGACAGGUGACGAUGGCAUGUACGUUGACUCGAAAUAUGGUAUUGCACAAAUGAUUAUGGAUGGUGAACGUCAUUUACAUUUGAAAAUCGAUGGGCAAACAAUAACCAGCGAACGAUUUCAAGUUCAAGUGCCCAACGACAUGAAAUUAUAUAAGGGAACAAACGAUUUUCUCUAUGAUGGCGAAGAAGGUAAAGUGUAUUCCUAUCCAGUAAUCUUCGGUGCUAGUUCAACCACGAAUCUGCAUGGUUCUUGCCAUCGCGAAGGACUUGAACAUGCACAAUCGAAUCGUGUUCUUCGACCAACUUAUGAAUGUCAUCUUGAUUUUGUUAACAAUACCUCAACUCAGCCAAAAGCGUCAGCAUUAUUUAAAACUCAAGCAGUAUUCGAUCUUGAUCUCAUGAGUUGGGCAUGUCAAAUCAUCAGUAAAUCUGCUCAUGAUUCAAGUACUUAUGAUGAUUCUUUGCGAUUGAUUGUUCAAACACCAUAUCAAACAGCAUCGAAUGAGUUAAUCAUUCCUUACCAACCCAGAUUUAAAUUGUCUUCAUUAUCAUCGAUCUAUCUUUCUGAAGAACAUCCCUUUAAUUCGAUACAUGUAUCAACAUUACCAAACAACGAAAAAUACUUGCAAUUAGAAUCAUCAGAUCCAUCGAUUGUUCGUGUCAAGAAGAACGCAACCGAUCCAUUCCUGUAUGAUAUCGAAUUGCGUCACGGCGCAAAAACUAACACUCAAAAUCCCAUCUAUGUCAAUAUUAAAAAUACACUAACUGGACAAACGCAACGCAUUCCAAUUAAAGUACAGAAACGAUUUAUUGAUAAUCCAAUUGGACGUAUUUUAGCAAGCCUUCUCCUGUGUGCAUCACUGGCUUUAAUUGUCUAUGGUUUAGCUAAUCGUAAGCCUCCGGUAACGACUACACCUCCUGUCAUAACUAAACCAGUUUCAUCAUCACCACGUGUUCUACAUUCACCACCCACACCCAAACGACAUUUACUCUUCGAUGAACACCAUGCCUCCCCAUUCGAUACGCCGACAACUAUUCAACAUCAAGAUCAGCCGGUUGUUAGAUUGUAUUCAGCCCAAGAUGUCCGUUCGCGGUCUAUAGCAAAUACACCCCGAUCAGCGAUCAGUAAUAUGACGUUACCGAUAACCGAUGAUCGUGAUAUUCGGGCACGUUAUCAAAGACUGUAUGAGUGA